ACCAUCAGUGUUAACCUUGAGCGAAGGGAGAUUAACUCAAAAAUUUUAAAGUAAAGAAUGAGAAACGAUGUUAUCCUCCUGUGGUAUCCUGUGGUAGUGACGUCGAAUCGAAGCAACUUUUCCGUUUGUCAACUGAUGUGGAGGAGCACUUACAAACAUUACCGCGAAAAACAGAAACGAAGGCAAAUAAUUUGAAGUGGUUUAAAGAAGGUGCAAUGCAGCGAUUAGAUUUAUGUAGAAAGACUUCAGGUAGAAUAUGGCAUCGAAAGCUUAUACCAGAGCCAGAUACCGGUUGCUUAAUAAACAUAACCAAUUCCUUGCCAAAUGUUGUGUUUAAGCAUGGCAGAGCUAUUAGAAUCCUUCAUGCUGCAUUUGACAAAACAGGAGAAAGAUUUGUAGCUGCUGAUCAUCUUGGAAACCUUUAUUAUUUUGAUUUACACAAGAAUAGGUUUGGGUUGAUACAGAAAGUUGGCAAACCAUGUACUGCUAUUGCAUUUAAUUUGCAUCAAUGCAAUGAAGUCCUGGUGGCAUUAUCAGAUUACUCGCUAAGAUGCUAUAAUGCUGAAUCGAAAGAGCUAGUCAGCACAAUGCAUGGUCACUCAUCUGCCAUUCACCAGAUGUCUGUGCAUGGUUCUGGCCGCCAUGCUAUUACAACUUCACAGGACACUUCUAUACUUUGGGACCUUGAUACCUUUACCAGAAAAAGGACGCUGAAUGGUGCUCAGGCAGUUGGAGUUCAGGAGGUAUUUUUCUUACCGACAAGCAACAUACUGAUAAGUUGUUUUAGAGAUGACAGCAUCUUUGCCUGGAAUUGCGACAGUAUGAAGUGCUUGUAUCAACUGAAUUGUCCAUCUGGUGAAAAGCCUAUGUAUAAAUGCUUGGCUGCAAGUAAAGACAGUCGAAUGCUUGCUGCUGCUGGCAGAUCGCAUUUCAUUCAUCUGUGGAAUCUCGAUUCGCAGCAUCUGAUAAGAAUUAUACAGCUGCCUUCGAAAACCAAAGAAGUCAGAAAUAUGGCUUUUGUCAACGAUUCUUUGUCAGCUGAUAAUCCCGAGACUUUAGCUGUUUUGGCCCAAGACGGAAUCUUAAGAUUCAUAAAUGUGAACGAAUGCAAAUUGAUGUAUGAGAUUGGCAGUAAUAACCAGCGAAUCUUACGCUUUGUUCUGAGUCCAACCGGAAGAUAUUGCUUGUGUGUACUGGAUGAUGGCAGUUUGAGUCUUUACAGCUUGGAAAGCUUAUCAGGGACUGCCAAGAAGGUUCCUGGUCCUGUUGUUCAAGAUGUUGUAGAAAGACCAGAGAGACGACGAAGGGUGGCUUUCGAAAAUGAAGACAAAGAGAAGCCUGAAGGGGCGUGGAAGACUGGUGUUAUUUCUGGUGAUGCUUUGAUGUGGCAACAGGAGAGUUCUGAAGCAAUAUACCGAGAUUUACCAGAUGGUUUGGAUAUGAAGCGUCUCUUAAAAAUCCUAAAGGGAUAUGGCGAAUACCCUGAGAAAUACAGGUUGUUCAUAUGGAGAUCGUUGUUGAGGUUGCCAGAAAACCAUGUUGCAUUCAGUGUAUUGGUCGAUAAAGGGACCCACAAUGCAUUUGCAAGGCUUCACGAGAACUUCCCUGUGAAGAGCCGAAGGCUGCUUCGUUCAUUAGAAAGAGUCCUGUCAGCCCUUGCCUAUUGGUCUCCAAUCUUUGGUGAAACGGAUUUCCUACCAAUGCUGGCAUUUCCUUUUGUCAAAUUGUGUCCAAAUAACCAAUUGAUAUGUUUCGAGUUUAUCGCUACUGUCAUUACUACAUGGUGUCAGAAAUGGUUUGAGUUCUUCCCGAAUCCACCGCUGACUAUUCUCGGCAUGAUAGAGACAGUCCUGGCUCAUAGCGAUCGUCACCUGAUGGAGCAUUUGGUGAAACACAAUGUUACAACACAGGAAUAUGCUUGGCCUUUGAUGCAAACGCUGUUUUCUGAAGUUGUCACUAAAGAUGAUUGGUUGAAAUUAUGGGAUAACAUCUUCUCGAAUCACCCGUCAUUCCUGCUUUUUGUGAUCGUUGCAUAUUUAAUAGCAAAUCGUCAAACUCUUUUGUCGGCUACCGACCUGGACGAUUUCAAGUUUUUCUUUCAUCAUCGAAACCCAGUGGACAUCUCUUCAGUAAUUAAGGACUCGUAUCGUCUGUUCGAAGCAACGCCCGAUGACAUUCAUCCAAGGCGAAUGCUUGAUGAUUUCGUUCCCCUUACCAAGGGCCAGUAUCCUAUUUUCGAUAAAUAUCCCAAAUUUGUUGUGGAUUACCUGAUACAAGAAAGAGAAAGAAUUCGCAAGGAUGAGAUGGAAUAUCUUCGUCAGAAACAAAUGACGUUGGAUUUGCAAAAGGAGGCUGAGAAAACGCGUCAGGAAGAGGAGGCGUUUUACAGACAGCAAGAACUGAUGAUUGGUGCAGAGCAACAAAGACGGUCCAUGAUUCUUAACGAAGAGAAAAAGCUUGCUGACCAAAGGACAAGACUUCAGGCUAUGAAACGAGAGAUCGCCUUGCGGGAACUGAAACUCUUGGAUGCGGUUAGAAGGAAGUUUAUGACACAUCAACAAAAAGUGCAGGAUGUGGAAAUUCAGCGAUUAGAUGACGAGCUCGAAAGAAAGAUGUUGAUGAGAGAUGAUGAGACAAAAAGGGCGUUAGAUGAUAUGGAGAUCAAGUCACUGGAAUUAGAGGCACAAAAACGCUUGUUUCAACAGGAGCUCUUGCGAGAUGAUGCUGAACACUCCAUGCGUUACAAAGCAGAUCUUGCAAUAAAUUACAAAAGAAAUGAAAUGGAAGAUAAACAACUAAGGGACGCAGUGGAGUCAUCACAUGCUAUCAAGGGUCAGGCAAUGAAGGAUAUGCAGUCGGAAUUAGCGAACGCCCAACAGAAAUCAGGAAAUUUAUCGCUGCUUGAUGCUAUGGAACAGAGGAAGAAAGUUUCGGAGAUCGACAGGGAAAUAAAGGCCCUUGAGCUGGCUCGUGCAAACGUAGAGAAUGAAAUUCGGGAAGAGGAAAUGCACAAUCUCAUGAACAUAAUGGUCAACAAAGAGCGAGAUCGAUUAUCUAAAGUCACCUCAGUUUCUGGUAGAGAGAAAAGUAAAUUUUUUGAAGAAAAGGGAAUGGCUGUACCAGUGAAUGAACAAAAAGAUGCUAUACUCAGAAGAAGAGAUGAUUUUGAAGAAAAACAGUACGAGCUGCUUGGCCAGAUAAAUAGUUUGCGAAGAAAACUUGCACAAAAAGAUCAACGACCGCCAUCUAUCGACAGCUAUUCAUACAGAUAACUUGCACGAAUGAUAUGCAUAAAUAUUAAGAGCUGGGUGUGCUAAUGUUCUUAAAGACAAAAGCACGAGCAAACACACAAACAUUGAAGAAUGAUGUAGAAAAGAAGAACCCCAAAAUUUUAUGGACUUUUUUCAUCAUAUGGAGUUUUGCAGAUGAGUAGAAUUGAAUGGUUUCUUUCCAUCUGGAUGCUUGAAUAUCUGUUAAUAUUGUAAAUAUUUUUCACACGCUGUGGUUUUUCUUAGAAAUUUUACUUUCCUCAAUAGAAUUUCUCUAUCUCUGUUUUAAGCUUGCACAUAUAUUGAAACCGUCAGCUAGCCGUCUUCUACCUGGAGGUUUCUUGUGCAGGGCUUUGACUGAAGAUAAGAGGCUUAGGCUUAUGGGCAAU